GCUGUUCUUUCAGACUGUAGAGUACUAAUGACUUCCUUCCUGCAUUGCCAAGUCAACCACAUUUGUUGUGAAGGAAAUGCUGUUGCCCAUGAGCUUGCAAAACGAGCCCUCCAGGCUGAAGCGAAUGAGUACUGGAUAGAAGAAGUACCAGUUGACAUAGCGCAUCUUUCUUUUGAGUUUGAUAUUUGGUCAGACAGAAAGUCGACUGUGGGUAAUCGCCGUUCGUCGUUGUCAUCGUCGACGACGUCGUCUCUGGCCAAGCGACAAGCCUCUUUGUCGGAGAAUACUGGGAAGGCCGCUGCUUCCAGGGCCAAGAAGCAGCCAGGAGUCUCUCGCCAACAUCACCAACCAAAAUAAUGGAUAGAGAAUAUUGGUUGCGUCCUCUGCUUUGGUGUGUAUGCCAUAUUCUUCAUCAUUUCUUACUUCUAUUUUCGAUUCUUGAGAAAAAUGCAGUAAAGAAUGCGGACACAA